AUGAAAAGUAUUCAAGAAGAGAUUUGGGAAACCAUCGACUUUGUCUGUUUAGUUGAAUGUUUUAUUGAAAUGGGAUUCUUGGAUGGUGCAGUAUUUUGUUGUGCUGAACCACUUAUUUGUCACCAACCACCGGUGGAUCAUAUUCAGGCACAAGAUGGCUUAUUGAACGACUUUCCGACAACAAUUACAAUAUCAUCAACACCGCUUCCUUCCUCCCAGGUGCCGAUUUGCAGAACAGAUAUCUUGCCUCCAAUCCCAAGUACCAAGUCAUCGACACACAUCAUCAACUGGGCAGUCGUAAAGCACACUGAUAACAAUUAUUCCUUCAAAUGUAUUCCAGCACCAUUUAUGACUCAACCAGAUUCCUAUUUGGAUGGUGCAGUUUUCCCAGGUCCUCCAGGUAGAGUUAGAUUGAUUUGGGAGGAAGAAAAAGAUGAUAGAUAUCAAUAUAAUAGAUUUUUAGAGUUAUCUCUUGUUAGUAAAGGUUUUUUAAAAGUUAUUCAAAGUUUGAUCAUUUCAAUAGAUAUCAGUUGGAAUAUCGUAGAGUUUGUCGAUUAUAUUCUAAAAGAAAGAUAUAAAUCGUUAUUAUGUUUAUUUAAAUAUACAGAGCAAAUAGUUUGUAAAUUAGAGUAUAUGUAUGAGGAUUAUGAAGAUGAAUGCGAUAAAGAGGAAUCAGAUGCUCAUUUGUUUCAAAAGUUACUGACUAGCAAUCAAUGGCAAGAUUGGUAUCAGCAACAUCCGAAAUCAAUACAUCUUCAUAUCGAUGGUAAUCUCGGUAUCUUUCAGAGCAAUCCAUACAUCACACACCUCACAAUCGAAUACUAUGUACCACACGUAAAGCAUCCAAAGUAUUGCGAAUUCCCACCGAAUCUCAAAGAACUUCGCUUGACUACUCAUCCAAUUGUGCAAGCCGAUUCUUUAAAUCUGUUCUUGCGAAUGAUCAGUAAGAUUAUGUCAAAACCAAGACCACAGAUGGAGCUGUUUCAUCUUCGAUCGAAUUUUGUCGAUGUCAUCGUAGAUGAAGGUGCCACCAAGUUCUUUAAUUACCUCGAUCGAUCUUUGGUGAACAUCAAAGAUCUCUCAUUGAUUGGUAAUGUAGACUCUAGAUUCGAUCUUAGCAAUAACGAAUCAAUCGAUGAAUUCUUUGGUUGUUUUAAGAGGUUUCUCGAGAGACAUCCUACCAUAUCGAAAUUCGAGUUGGAUACCAACAACUUUGCCAACACAGAAUCAAAAUUCCAAUUAAAUUCUUUUCUUUUCAAUGCUACCAAUAUAAGAGAUAUUACAGUUCACCUGCAUACAGACUCAGUUCCACAAUGCGACAGAAUAAUCGAGAGAGCAGAAAUAUUCCUGGUGCCAGUCAGAGACAACGAUAUAGAAGCACAAAUAAAAGAGCUUCAAAGAAGAUAA